AUGGCAGACUACGAUAGACCCGCUAGUCCCAAGAAUGAUUAUGAUCAACGACCUAUAAAGUCUGAGGAGCAUCAACCAAUGGAGGAUGUAAGACGUGAGCGUUCUCGUUCCCCUCGUUCCCGCUCUCGCUCUCGUUCCAGAAGCCCUAAGCGUGAAGGUCGUAGCUUAUCGCGUUCCCCUGUGCGUCGUAGCUCUUCUCGUCGCCAUGACUCUCCCAAGCGUCGUCGUAGCUACUCUCGUUCCAGAUCUAGAAGUCCACGAGGAGACCGUAGAGAUAGAAGAAGAAGCCUUUCUCCUCCUCCUCGUCGCCGUAGUCGUAGUCCUCGUCGUCGCUCACCAGGUCGUGGUAGAAGAAAUGAGGCUAAUAAGGAAUUCCAUGGCACUAGAGAUGAACCUGAGAUGUCUAACAUCCUCGGUGUAUUCGGUUUGAGUUUAAGAACUCGCGAAGUUGAUUUGGAGGAAGUUUUCCGUGAAUUUGGCACCAUUGAAAAGGUGACAAUUGUUUACGAUCACAGAAGCAACAGAUCAAGAGGUUUUGGCUUUGUUUAUUUCAAGGAUCAAGCUGAAGCUACUCGCGCUCGCGAUGCACUGAACGGCAUAGAUAUUGAUGACCGUAAAAUUCGUGUCGAUUAUUCAGUUACACAUCGUCCUCACACCCCUACUCCUGGUGAAUAUAUGGGCGAAAGAAAGCCUGGCUAUGAACGUGAUCGUGGUUCCUAUAGACAUGGCGGCAGAGAUGAUCGUCGUGGUGGACGUCGCAGAGAGCGCUCUCGUUCCCCUCGCAGAAGAUAUUAUCGUUCAAGAAGUCGUAGCAGAUCUUGGUCUCGUUAA